AUGGCACAGGAUAGCGCUUCCUCGUCUUACUUGGAACCACCGGCUAUAACUGCCAUCAAACAUGACGCUUUUCAGAACGGACCUUUGGCCCGACACGCUAUGGAGAGGUCUUUUAGCCAGGACAUUCAGGAAGGUACUCAGGAACUGAAAGAAGCUGCCGAGCAGACAAGAAACAUAAUACUCGACCUCGGCUUGGAUGGUGUCAUACGCUGGGUCAGCCCGUCGUGGACCGACGUGGUUGGCACUGACCUUGCUGCCGUCCGAGGGCAAAAGAUCUCCAAAUUCAUUAGCGAUGAUCCCACCGUCUUUGACACUGCCAUCGAGGCCUUGACCUCCAAUGACUCCAAGAGCCACAUCGUCAAGUUUUCGGUCAAGGUUGACACCUCGUCUGACAUGGCACCUAUGAUCCCGGUCGAAGAAGGUCAAGAACCCGGUCCAGAUACGGUCAGCCUCGAUGAUGCUGGAUGUGCCACUGUUGAGUUGGAAGGACAAGGAAUCAUGGUCUACGACCGAAACUCUGGUGGAGUUACGCAUACUAUGUGGAUGCUACAACCUGCCCAGGAACCCAUACGCAUUGAAAUCGCUUUGCCUCAGAGACUAGUUGAAACCCUCGGAGUGGGUGCCGAGAUUCUGGCAAAGUAUCUCACUGAACUCGCAGAAGCAGGAGCAAAUGAUCCGGAAAACCACCCUCCUCCGCUCCCUGUCCUCUGUCGAGUCUGUGAGCGAUCCAUCAUUCCCUGGUGGUUCGAGAAGCAUUCCGAUUUGUGUGUUCAGGAGCAUCGUGCUGAGAUGGAUGUUCAGACGGUGCAGGACAGUCUCACUGAACAACGACAUGCAAUCGUCAAAGUCUUGGACGCCUUUGAAGCCCGACAAGGCCGUGUCGGACCAGAUGGCCCAUCACAUAAUACACCAUUGCCGGAAUACAAAGGGCAACCCAUUGGUCCUUCACCCACACCCUCUUCUGGAGUAUCCUCGGCAGCAGGCUCCCAUGCAGCAAGCCCUGCUCGAUCAAGGAGUCCAUCUACUGCCGGCAUGGGGCACAACCGUGCCCGCUCAUUCGUUGUUCGACGACCACUCGUCCGCAUGGUCGAAUUGAUUCUAGAUCUCUGUGAUACAGCUCUCGAGAUCAACGUCCCCUCCAUCAAGGACAGCAAAUCCAAUUCGGAAGAUGAAUUCUUGUCACAGUCACCUCAAUCAGAGUCAAGAAUUGCUCAAGUUCAUCAAUGGCAACCACCAAUCAGUCUAGAGAGCGAACCUGGCCUUGCUGCCUUGAGUGCGGACACCGAGAAAUUGGCUCGUGCCAAAGUGGACGCCGUCCAUCGACACCAGUUCAUUCUUGAGUAUUCGGAACGGAUUAGGCAAGAGUACGUGGCAGAAGUUGACGCCUGCAUCAGUGAAGCGUUGAUCAAAGCCGAAAGAGCCGCCGCUGGUGAAUCCUUGUCCUCCAGCGAGAGUGAUUCUGAGAGCGACCAAGAGAUCGAUGCCCACUUGGAAGACAUCCUUGAGAGCCCUGUUAAAACGGAGGAAUCUCUUGCCCAAGUCUUGGAACCAGAGGCCACAAGGUCAAUGUCAUAUGUCGGCAUUAGAUCCAUGGCAUCAGCCUUGCGAAACUCGAGAGAUUUGUCACACAUUCCCAUGACUGAUCAGCGACGCUCGUCUUCCCAGGCAGUUUCAACCGGCUCGAACAGUCCCAUAGAAUGUCCGACACCCAAGUCACACAAGAGCACUCUCAUCACCCAGCCGCAACCAUUAUCCAACCGGCGAUCAGUGUAUAUCGACGACGCCAAUGAUAGCGAUAGCAGUCUGCCGUCCAGCAACUGGCGUGCUGACUCUCCAGUGGUGUCCGAACAUGGCAGAUCUGCACAUUCUCGCGACAGAAAACGCCGGAGCAUGCACUUGCACGGCCUCAAUUCCUCCUCGCCCCAUCGUCAGCAAUCACCUGGAAGGUAUCCUCCCCCACCUCCCUCACCACUUCGCAUGAACAAGGCUCGGAUUCCCAGUGGAGAGAUUGCACCCGCCCCCAGCGUCUCGCCUUUGUUGACAACGGGAGAAUUCAUGCCACCUCAACACAUACCGAUCCUGCAUAGGAGGCAGUCAUCGAUGCACUCAUCCGAUAUGCGUACACCAUCCUCCCCUCGACUCAAUUCUAUCAGUCAACCUCAACAACGGGCGCAGCCUCCAUCCAUCAAAGAUUUUGAGGUGAUCAAGCCCAUCAGCAGAGGGGCCUUUGGCAGCGUGUAUUUGGCCAAAAAGAAAGCGACUGGCGAGUACUUUGCCAUCAAAGUUCUACGAAAGUCUGAUAUGGUCGCCAAAAAUCAAGUCACCAAUGUCAAGGCUGAGCGUGCCAUCAUGAUGUGGCAGGGCGAAAGCGAUUUUGUCGCCAAGCUCUACUGGACUUUCUCUAGCAAGGACUACCUUUAUCUUGUCAUGGAAUUUCUCAAUGGGGGUGACUGUGCAUCACUGGUGAAAAUUCUUGGUGGCUUGAGUGAAGAUUGGGCCAAAAAGUACAUUGCCGAGGUUGUUCUCGGAGUGGAACAUUUACACAGUCGAGGCAUUGUCCACCGUGACUUGAAGCCUGAUAACCUCCUGAUCGAUUCGAAGGGCCAUCUCAAGCUCACAGAUUUCGGUCUAUCACGUAUGGGCCUGGUCGGCCGCCAAAAGCGGGCUCUUAUCCAGCCUGACGAACCUGCCCCGGAUCUCCUGAAGCAAGGCCCAUUUACCCAGUCGUCUGGAAAUGGUUCAAAUCCGACCUCAAGAUCGGCCUCGUUUGAUUAUCAAGGUCCACAUUCCCCAGCUCCUACCCCGUUGAUGACGCCUGCGCUCGCCGGUGGUCUUGAUCAGCCCUCGUACUUUAGCUUGAACAGGGAAAGCUCUUUGAGUCGCGAGAUGUCCUUCAAAAGCUCCGGCCACCGAAGCGACAGUGGUUCAAGUUUCGACCUGCACCACCUGUUCAAGAAAUUGGGCGUGCAAGAUGCAGCCGAAGCAUCAUCGCACCUACGAAAUCAUGCCCUUGAGGAAGAGCUAUACAGCCAAGGCAGCAACUCACCUGACCUCUUCCCGCUUUCCCAAUCAAUGAGUAAUAUUUCACAAGCACCUCCACCACCUCCUGCAUCCUCACAAAUGCUUCCGCCACCAACUGCACUCUUUGACCCAGACGAGAGUGGGCGCCGUUUUGUUGGGACUCCGGACUAUCUAGCUCCAGAGACCAUCAAUGGUCAGACUCAAGACGAGAUGUGUGAUUGGUGGUCACUCGGCUGUAUUCUGUUCGAAUUCCUGUAUGGGGUACCGCCUUUCAACGCCGAAACGACCGAAGAAGUUUUCGACAACAUUCUCCAUCGGCGAAUUGCCUGGCCUGAGGAUGAUGAGUUCGAGGUCAGUGUGGAGGCGAAAGACUUGAUCAAUAUGCUGAUUCAGCUUGACCCACGUGAGCGACUUGGAGCCAACCUCGAGGAGAAAUACCCCAGUGGAGGACGCGAAAUCCAAGCCCAUCCUUGGUUUGCCGACAUCAACUGGGAUACCCUGCUCGAGGAUGAAGCACAAUUUAUCCCUGCCCCUGAACAUCCGGAAGAUACAGAGUACUUCGAUUCUCGAGGAGCAACGCUGUCGUCCUUUCCUGAAGAGCUUGAGGAUCAGAUAUCACCCUCGGGAACCACACCGAAUGGCGUCGACUACCCCAACCGGCCACAUGAUGCCUUGUUCAGAGCUCGAACACAAACUGCGUCCGCCAAAAGGGGGCUCAUGCCGCUCCACAUACCUCCACAUGUUGCCCGUGACUCUCGUAGUCGGCGACUGAGCGAACCUGUGGUCGCUGAUGAUUUUGGCAAUUUCACGUUCAAGAAUCUGCCAGUGCUUGAAAAGGCCAAUAAAGAUAUUGUCGAAAAGAUGCGCAAGGAAGCCAUGCAAGCUCAAUCGCGUGGUUACACCCACUCACAAGCUAUCUCUGCGGCGAACAGCCCAGCGAUGGGAUCUCCAGGCCCUUCUCUUGAAGGCAGUCCAAUGAUGCCGAUGCCAGUCAAGCGCGCCCUAUCCAUCAGCAAAGGCCACAGACCUGGCUCGCCCGCUAGUUUGGUGACGAACAAUUCAUCACCAAGUCGACCUUCCCAACCGUCAUCUCCGUUGCUCGUGCAAUUUUCGACUGCACACCAUGAACGUCGGAAGACUUCUGGUUCUUCUAGUGGAAGUAACUCUCUUCUUCCAGGCAGCUUCUUCGACAUUCCUUAUGAUGCCGUCAAGCAUGUCAGCACUGCCAUUGCUUCGCCUAUCAAGCCGCAUCGACUUCCUGCCGUUUCCCCAGCGAAGCAAGUGGCCGGACCACCGUCGCGUCAGUCCAGUGUCAAUGGACGACCAAGAUCUCAAACUGUGGGCUCUCAAGAAAGUGAUGGACAAUCCGCCCGCGAGGGAUUCAUCCCCGGCCACCACAAACGUAAGAGUCAGCUUUUUGUGCGAGACGUAUCGCCUUCAUCAUCGGACAACGAAAACACACAAGCCAAAGCCAUUUUGAAAGUGCAGCGCCGGAGGCAGAGCUCACGCAGAAUGUCGCAGAUCAAUUUCAUGGAUGGGCCUACCUAUCGACCUCUGGACGUCUUGAUCUGUGAGGAUCAUCCGGUUUCAAGAAUGGUGAUGGAGAGACUGUUUGAAAAGCUCCGAUGCCGGACGGUCACAGCAGCAAAUGGUCCAGACGCUCUCAGACUUGCUGUUAGCCAGAUUCAGUUCGACAUCAUCUUCAUGGAAUUUAAGCUUCCGCUCAUAAGUGGAGUGGAUGCUGCUCGAAUGAUACGCGACACGAAGAGCGCCAACACCAACACACCAAUUGUUUGCAUCACAGGGUACCUGAAAGACCUUCCUGAAACUCAUCACUUCGACACCUUGAUGCAAAAGCCGCCCACUACUCAAAAGCUGAGCGAGAUGCUUUGCAAGUAUUGUACGUGGAAACCACCACCAAAAGACUUUAGGUUGGCAAUGCCAUUGCAGAUCCCACCCAUGAGCAGUCGUCUUGACGGGACACAUACACAAGACAGCCCUAGCUCGGUAGCGUCGAGCCUGGCACCUACCAUGCCAGACUCGUCGUACAAAGGGUCGAGUCGUGAGGACUCGAUUGGUAGUGGUGGAUUCUUCAGUGACAUGGAGUCCAUGAAAGCGGAUGAAAUCCCUGUCAUCGUGUCUCGUGCAGCCACAGAUGACUGGGCGAAUAGUGGACUGGGCAUCUCCGAUGACAUAGUCAUUAGCCGAAAGCCUUACGUUCAAAGUGGUUUCCCGCAUCUCAUUCACACCGAAUCCGCACCUGCGAGCGCCACCAUUGAUGAACACGGUGGAUUCGGACUGCGGACUCCACGUCGCCAGCGAUCCUCAGAGGCAGUGCGGCAGAAGCGCGAGCAGUUGGAGAAGAAUCUUCAAGCUCUCAGUGGAGCGGCCGAAGAAGGAGACGAUGAAGACGACGAAUUAGGCGAUGCUCAAGUCCGAGCUCGUUCUCCGAUUGGCAAAAGUGCUCGACCGACCUCCAAGUUGGGGAUUGAAAUGAUGCGUACCAAUAGCCGUGGGAGUGUCAUCUCCAUGAACAACGACAACAUCGAUUCCGAUAACCUACGCAAGUCACUGGAAAUUCUGGAAGAACGCAUGGAGAGUCUGAAGAUUCCGGAGGAGCCUUCUCCAGCAAUACUGGGCUCAAUCCAACCACGAAAGACCAUGGAGAGAAUUCCCUCACAGCAUUCACAUCCGGAACAAACCCUGCCGGAACGACCACCCAGCCGUGGACAUAUCACACCACCAGUCAUCUUCCCUCUCCAACCUGGGACGAGUGUCGCUGAAAUCUCUAUGGACAAUGAUAUUACACCGGUGCCUACCAGAACCAUCAACCUGGAGGAGGAACCGACACCGAAGCCUCAUGGCAGCCCUGCCGGACAGGUGACACAAUAA